AGUGGAAAUAAGAUGGCGGAUCGCGGGCUGUGCGCGAGGAGCAGCAGAGAACUAUGGACCAUUCUGCUGGGCAGGUCAGCUUUAAGAGAACCAGCUCAGAUUGCAGAGGAGCUGAAUAAGCAUUGGCAGAGACUGCUUGAAGGGCUUUCCUACUACAAGCCGCCCAGUGCAAGUUCUGCAGAAAAAGUAAAAGGGGAUAAAAAUGUGGCUGCUCCUCUGAAGGAACUGGGUCUGCGUGUCAGCAAGUUUUUGGCUUUAGAUGAAGAGCAAAGUGUGCAACUGUUACAGUGUUACCUUCAAGAGGAUUAUAGAGGAACUAGAGACUCGUUAAAGACUGUUCUGCAAGAUGAAAGACAGAGUCAGGCUCUCAUACUGAAGCUUGCUGACUAUUACUAUGAGGAAAGGAUUUGUAUUCUUCGCUGCGUCCUGCACCUCCUCACUUAUUUCCAAGAUGAGAGACAUCCGUAUAUGGCCCAAUAUUCCCAGUGUGUGGAAAAGCUAGAUAAGGAACUGGUUCCUAACUAUCGUAAACAGUUUGAAGAGCUGUAUAAAGCAGAAGCACCAACAUGGGAAACACAUGGAAGUCUGAUGACAGAGCGGCAAGUUUCUCGCUGGUUCGUGCAGUGCCUCCGUGAGCAGUCCAUGCUCCUGGAAGUUAUCUUUCUUUAUUACGCCUAUUUUGAAAUGGCAUCAGAGGAACUACUGGCUUUUGCAAAGAUGUUUAAAGACCAGGGGUUUGGCUCCAGGCAGACCAACAGGCAUCUGAUUGACAAAAGCAUGGACCCCCUCGUAGAUCGUAUUGGCUACUUCAGUGCUCUAAUUCUAGUGGAAGGCAUGGAAAUUGAUUCUCUGCAUGAGCGUGUAUUGGAUGACAGGACAGAAGAGCAUAAAUUUGCUGGCAGCGGACAGGUCCGCCAGGAAAUGGACUGCCUACUGCUAACUCUUGGGGAUAUCUCUCAUCAUGCUCCUGUCCUCUUGGCCUGGGCUUUGCUCCGCCACACAGUGAACCCCGAAGAAUCAGCCGGUGUGAUUAGGCGAAUGGGAAGUGCUGCUAUCCAGCUGAAUGUAUUCCAGUAUCUUACAAAGCUGCUCCGGUCACUAAGCAGUGGGGGAAAGAAUUGUACUGCCAGCACAGCGUGCAUGUGUGUUUAUGGCCUCCUUUCCUUUGUCUUGACAUCACUGGAGUUGCACACGCUAGGCAACCAGCAGGACAUCAUUGAGACAGCAUGUGAAGUUCUAGCUGCUUCAAGCAUUCCUCAGCUGUUCUGGAAGACGGAGCCAACUGCAGGUCUGGGCAUUAUCUUGGACAGCGUAUGCGGGAUGUUCCCCCACCUGCUCUCUCCCCUUCUGCAGUUACUCACAGCCCUCGUUUCAGAUAAAUCCACAGCAAAAAAGGUGUAUACCUUCUUGGAUAAGAUGUCUUUCUAUAUUGAGCUGUAUAAGCACAAGCCAGCGGACGUGAUCUCUCAUGAAGACGGUACGCUGUGGCGGAGGCAGACACCAAAGCUGCUUUAUCCCCUUGGUCUGGGCCAAACCAACCUCCGGAUACCUCAGGGAACAGUGGGCCAGGUGAUGCUGGAUGACCGAGCCUACCUGGUACGAUGGGAGUAUUCGUACAGCAGUUGGACAUUAUUUACUUGCGAGAUUGAGAUGCUGCUGCAUGUUGUGUCAACAGCAGAUGUAAUCCAGCAUUGCCAGAGGGUGAAGCCCAUCAUCGACCUGGUUCACAAGGUCAUCAGCACAGAUGUGUCGAUUGCAGAUUGCCUCUUGCCAAUCACAUCGCGGAUCUACAUGCUGCUACAAAGGUUAACUACUGUGAUUUCUCCCCCAGUUGAUGUCAUAGCUUCUUGUGUCAACUGUCUGAGUGUUCUGGCUUCCCGGAUGCCUGCAAAGGUUUGGACUGACCUUCACCACACGGGAUUUUUACCAUUCGUCGCUAAUCCAGUUUCUAGUCUGAGUCACAUGAUCAGUGCAGAGGGUAUGAAUGCGGGAGGCUACGGUAACUUGCUAAUGAGCAUUGAGCAGCCUCAAGGUGAAUAUGGCGUGACUGUCUCCUUCCUGAAUUUAGUCAUGACGCUUGUCCGGGGGCAGCUUGGUAGUACCCAAAGCCAGGGGCUAGUGCCUUGCAUCGUGUUUGUCUUGAAGGAGAUGUUGCCAAACUACCACAAAUGGCGCUAUAACUCCCAUGGAGUGAGAGAACGAAUUGGAUGCCUUAUUCUGCAGUUGAUCCAUGCUAUCCUGAACCUGUGCCCUGAAAUGGAUCCUCAUAGCAGCAGUGCCCCCAGCCUACCGUCCCUUUGCAUCUUCAGCCUCGCCAACACGGAAGCAGGACAGGCAGUCAUCAACAUCAUGGGGAUUGGUGUGGACACCAUUGAUAUGGUGAUGGCCACUCAGUCCAGUAGUGAUGAGUCGCAGGGGCAGGGGCAGCUGCUGAUCCAGACAGUGAAGCUGGCCUUCUCGGUCACCAACAAUGUCAUCCGGUUGAAACCGCCCUCCAACGUGGUGUCUCCUCUAGAGCAUGCCCUGACCCAGCAUGGUGCCCACAGGAACAAUCUGAUCGCCGUCUUGGCCAAGUACAUCUACCACAAGCACGACCCUGCCUUGCCACGCCUCGCCAUCCAGCUCCUGAAGCGACUGGCUACGGUUGCUCCGAUGUCUGUCUACGCCUGCCUUGGCAAUGAUGCUGCUGCCAUUCGGGAUGCCUUUCUGACACGUCUCCAGAGCAAAAUUGAGGACAUGCGCAUUAAAGUCAUGAUCCUGGAGUUCCUGACAGUUGCUGUAGAAACGCAGCCAGGGCUCAUUGAACUGUUCCUCAACUUGGAGGUGAAAGAUGGAAGUGAUGGGUCAAAGGAAUUCAGCUUAGGGGAGUGGAGCUGCCUUCAUGUGGUCUUGGAGCUGAUAGACUCCAAGCAGCAGGAGCGGUACUGGUGCCCCCCACUUCUGCACCGAGCAGCGAUUGCCUUCCUCCAUGCCCUGUGGCAGGACCGUCGCGAUAGCGCCAUGUUAGUCCUGCGGACCAAGCCAAAGUUUUGGGAGAACCUAACCAACCCGCUCUUUGGAACCCUGCCUCCCCCCUCUGAAACAUCUGAGCUCAGUGUCUUGGAUACCUGUGCCUUGAUCAUGAAAAUAAUUUGCCUGGAGAUCUACUAUGUGGUCAAGGGUUCUCUGGACCAGUCGCUGAAGGACACGCUGAAGAAGUUUUCCACAGAGAAGCGCUUUGCUUACUGGUCAGGCUACGUGAAGGCCCUGGCAUUCCACAUGGCGGAGACCGAGGGCAACAGCUGUGCCUCCAUGGCGGAGUACCAGAUGCUGAUCUCGGCAUGGCGGAUGAUGCUGAUAAUUUCCACCAGUCACGCUGACAUAAUGCACUUGAAUGACUCCGACAUCCAGCAGCUGUUUCUGGAGGUGCUGAGUGGAACCAAGGCCUUGUUGCUGGUCCCAACCUCGGUGUGCUGCCUCCAGCUGGGAUCCAUGCUGUGCACCCUGCUACUCAUCCUGCUGAGGCAGUGGAAAAGAGAGUUGGACUCUGUGGAUGAAAUCAUAAACUCCUUGACGCAGAUCCUGGAUGGAGUCCUGCAGGCCGACCAGCAGCUGAUGGAGAGAACCAAAGCCAGAGUGUUCUCUGCUCUCAUCAUGGUCCUGCAGAUGCAGGAGGUGAAAGUGAGUGAGAUCCCUCAGUAUUCCCAGCUGGUGUUGAGUGUGUGUGAGACGCUCCAAGAGGAAGUCGUAGCUCUCUUUGACCAGACUCGGCACUGCCUGACCUCUGGAGACCCUGCAGACGACAAGGACAGCAUGGAGACAGAUGAUGCCUCCCGGCAUAAACAGAAGGACCAGCGAGAUGGGGUGUGUGUGUUGGGGUUUCACCUGGCGAAGGAGCUCUGCGAAGUAGACGAGGACGGCGAUUGCUGGCUGCAGGUCACCCGGAAGAUCCCGAUUCUCCCGACUCUCUUCACCACCUUGGAGAUCAGCCUCCAGGCAAAGCAAAACCUUCACUUCACGGAGGCCUCCUUGCACCUGCUGUUGACCCUGGCCAGAACGCAGCAGGGGGCAGCAGCUGUGGCUGGAGCGGGUAUCAUGCAGAGCAUCUGUUUGCCUCUCCUGAGUGUGUACCAGCUGAGCAGCAAUGGUGCCGGCCAGGUGCCAGCUUCAUCCCGGAAGUCUCUGGAUGCUCCCUCCUGGCCUGGGGUCUACCGUCUCUCCGUAUCACUGAUGGAGCGCCUCCUGAAGACCCUCCGGUACAACUUCCUGACAGAUGCCUUGGACUUUGUAGGUGUUCAUCAAGAGAGGAUCCUUCAGUGCCUGAAUGCCGUCCGGACAGUACAGAGUCUGGCUUGCCUCGAGGAAGCAGACCACACGGUGGGGUUCCUCCUUCAGCUUUCCAACUUCACGAAGGAAUGGCAUUUCCAUCUGCCUCAGCUCUUGCGGGAUGUGCAGGUGAACUUGUGUUACUUGUGCCAGGCCUGCACCUCCCUUUUGCAUAGCCGAAAAAUGCUUCAGCACUAUCUACAGACCAAGAAUGGGGAGUCCUUGCCCUCUGCCGUCAUGCCUCGGGGCCAGCGUGCUCCCCACGCCUCCACCAAGCCCCCGAGCUCGGAGACGGAAGCUGCCGAGCAGAAGGCACUGCGCAUGGUGCAGUACAGCCUCCUGAAAAUCCUCAGCAAGUCCCUCGCCUCUUUGCGCCAUUUCACCCCCGACAUCUGCCAAAUCCUCCUCGACCAGUCGCUGGACCUCGCCGAGUACAACAUUCUUUUUGUGCUGAGCUUUACAACUCCAGCCUUUGAUUCAGAAGUUGCCCCUUCUUUUGGGACCCUCUUGGCCACUGUCAACGUGGCCCUCAACAUGCUGGGGGAGCUGGAUAAGAAGAAGGAGCCCUUCACUGCAGCUGCAGGACUGGCCUCCCAGCAGGAGGGAAACAAGACUCUCAAGUCCCUGCUUAUGUUUACAAUGGAAAACUGCUUCUACCUGCUCAUCUCCCAAGCUGUCCGCUAUUUGAAGGACCCGGCUGUGCACCCCCGUGACAAGCAAUGGAUGAAGCAGGAACUCAGCUCUGAACUGAGCACCCUCCUCUCCAGCCUGUCCCGCUACUUCCGCCGCGGGGGGCCCUCUUCUCCUGCCGGUGGCGUCCUCCCCUCCCCACAGGGCAAGUCUGCCUCCAAGCUGGGGCCGGAAGGUCAGGAGCCUCUCUUCCAACUGGUGCAGGCCUUUGUCCGACACGUGCAGAGAUAAAGAGGAGUUCGUUGGCCACGCCCUUGCCAGAGACACAUCGUCGCAAGAUGCCUUUGCUCUGUGUGCUAAGAGGACAUUGGUGUCGGUGAACCAAAUUCCUUAUUUUUUAUCGCUCGUGCUGAGCGUGGGAGGUGGGGAAGAGGAAAGAGAGAGACUGGCUGCGAGUGUUUUUCCCUCCCUGUAUCGGGCAUUAACUUCUGUAGCGCAGAGAUGUGGCCUCUGGUGACGCACAGCCAAAGGACUUACAUACUGGGCCAGUCGCUGCUACUCUGGGUGACAGAAGAACAUCUGUGCUGUCUGCAGGUGAGAGACAUCUCGAAAGAACAGCGUCUCUUGGCUUUCUUCCCCACCUGCUCAUCUUGUGCAAAAAAAGGGAGGGGGGAGGGGAAGGGUAGAGUCAAUGCCGUUACUGCUGGUCUCACUUUUUGUACAACACGUUCCCUAUUUAUACUGAUUAAAACCAU